AAUCCAUAGCUAGCCGCAAAACCCUUUCAGUGUGAUAUCUGUAUCAAGAACAACUGCCCUCUCCCGUUUAGGGGUUAUUUCAAUACCCUUAUGCAAUAAUCCAUCAAAAUGAUUUCUCUGAUCAUCACCAGGUCUUCUUCUAAACCCCUUUUGAAAUCUUCAAUUCGUGUAUUAUCAUCCAAUUAUAACUUCAUUUUCAGAGAAACAAGCCCAGCAGUGACCCAUUUUGAAACCCCCCAGCAACAGUGUUAUUGCACAGACACAGGCAUUGAUUUAAGCAAAUACCCAAAUGAAAAUAUACGAAAUUUCUCUAUAAUAGCUCAUGUUGAUCAUGGAAAGUCAACAUUAGCUGAUCGUUUACUUGAGUUAACCAAGACUAUUAGGAAAGGUCAUGGCCAGCCUCAGUAUCUUGAUAAAUUGCAGGUGGAAAGAGAAAGGGGAAUAACUGUAAAAGCUCAAACAGCAACCAUGUUCCAUAGCACUAACUUCCAUGGGACUGACACCAAAUUUCUGCUUAACUUGAUCGACACUCCGGGUCAUGUUGAUUUUAGCUAUGAAGUUUCUAGAUCAUUGGCUGCUUGCCAGGGUGUUCUUCUAGUUGUGGAUGCAGCUCAAGGCGUGCAGGCACAAACUGUUGCAAAUUUUUAUCUUGCAUUUGAAGCUAACCUGACAAUAAUUCCUGUCAUAAACAAAAUUGACCAGCCAACUGCUGAUCCUGACCGCAUUAAAGAACAGCUGAAAUCUAUGUUUGAUCUUGACCCAAGUGAUGCACUUUUGACCUCUGCUAAGACAGGUCAAGGUCUUGACCAGGUCCUUCCUGCUGUUAUAGAGAGAAUUCCGCCGCCUCCUGGGAUAACUGAUUCACCCCUUCGCAUGCUUUUACUUGAUUCUUAUUAUGACGAAUACAGAGGAGUGAUCUGCCACGUGGCAGUUGUUGAUGGUGCUCUUCGUAAAGGGGAUAAAAUUACAGCUGCAGCAACUGGCCAAUCAUAUGAGAUAGUGGAUGUUGGCAUUAUGCAUCCUGAACUGAGGCCUACAGGAGUUCUCUUAACUGGACAAGUGGGAUAUAUUGUCACAGGCAUGCGUUCAGUUAAGGAGGCCCGUGUCGGAGAUACCUUGUAUCAUCACCGGACCAGUGUGGAGCUGCUUCCAGGUUUCAAGGCUGCAAAGCAUAUGGUCUUUUCAGGUGUUUACCCAGCUGAUGGAUCCGAUUUUGAAGCACUUAAUAGUGCUAUAGAGAGACUCACAUGCAAUGAUGCCAGCGUCUCAGUUACUAAAGAGAGUAGCACAGCGCUAGGUCUGGGUUUCAGGUGUGGUUUCUUGGGCUUACUACACAUGGACGUUUUUCAUCAGCGACUUGAACAGGAGCAUGGGGCUCAUGUCAUUUCAACAGUUCCCACUGUGCCAUAUACAUUUGAAUAUUCAGAUGGCAGCAAACUACAGGUUCAGAAUCCUGCUGCAUUGCCCUCAAAUCCCAAAAAUAAAAUUACAACAUGUUGGGAACCAACUGUACUAGCUACAAUCAUAAUUCCUAGUGAGUAUGUUGGCCCUGUUAUAACACUUUGCUCUGACCGGAGAGGGGAGCAGUUAGAGUAUACUUUUAUUGAUAGUCUACGGGUUUUUCUGAAGUAUCGUUUACCUCUAAGAGAAAUAGUUGUAGACUUUUACAAUGAAUUGAAGAGUAUAACCUCAGGUUAUGCUUCAUUUGACUAUGAAGAGGCAGAAUAUAUGGCCUCCGAUUUAGUGAAACUGGAUAUUCUCUUAAAUGGACAACCAGUUGAUGCAAUGGCAACCAUUGUUCAUAGAUUAAAGGCCCAACGAGUUGGUCGUGAACUUGUGGAGAAGUUAAAAAAAUUUAUUGAUAGGCAAAUGUUUGAAAUUAAUAUACAGGCUGCUAUUGGAUCAAAGGUCAUCGCAAGAGAGACGGUGUCAGCUAUGAGGAAAAAUGUUCUUGCAAAGUGUUAUGGUGGUGAUAUUACUAGGAAGAAGAAAUUAUUGGAAAAGCAGAAAGAAGGAAAGAAGCGAAUGAAGCGGGUCGGUAGUGUUGACAUCCCUCAGGAGGCUUUUAAUGAACUCCUGAAGGUUUCGUAGGAAAAGUUAAGAUAUUUGUGUAAACUCUAAUCACCACAAACUGUCUUUUGCUUUGUAUGAUUAAUAAUAGGAAAUAUAUUUUUUGGUUAGGUGAUACGAACUUGUAAAGUGCAAAAGCAAACAAAGAAAUUUUGUAUUUAUUUUUAAACAUUCUCACUUAUCCGUAUAA